AUGAUGAGCACUUGGGUUCUUUUGGUUAUUGUUGCACUGAUCAUACUGUUUUUGUUUGUUCUCACGCCACCGCGGCACCCUCACGAGAUACGCUCGGCCCCAUUUUGGGUUACUUUGCUGCCAAUCCUUUUUGAUAUUGAUCAGCAGCAGAUAUUCGAGCAAUAUAUUGCUGCUCCUCUGUACGAGCAUGGAGCAAUCAAAGUCUUCUUUGGUGGGCGAUGGAAUAUCAUCGUUGAACGGCCGGAAUACAUCUCCGAAGUGUUGAAGAGAGAGCAGAUAUACAACAAAAGCGGCAACCAAAAGAAGAUCCCGCAUAGCGUUCUGGCUGACUUUCUUGGGAUCCAUAUUCUGGGUGCAGGAUCGAAUAUCAUUUCCGCGCGAGACGAAGAGUGGCGUUGUUACCGCACUAUAAUCAAACCUGGAUUACAGAAAGUCUUUGACACCAAGCCUAUUAUCGACAAUGCAGAAAAGUUAUGCGAGACCUUUCGGCAAAUGCAGGGGAAAUCUAUGCGGAAAGAAAUCCCCAUACAGGAGAUUCUUCAGCGAUAUUCCAGUGCGAAUCUCCUAUGUUGCAUCUUCCACUGUCCCGAGCUAGGUUCUCAAAUGAUGAGCAUGGAACACGAGGUCCUACUCCAUACCACUCAAUUAACUUUGAAGCGAUAUUUAUUUCGCCCCAUCUUUAUGAAUUUUCCUGCACUAGACCGACUCGCAUCGGUGAUACCGUCUAGAGCCAAGGCUCGAAGGUUGAUACGGCAAUUCUCGGAGCUGCUUCAAGCCGAACUUAUUCCUAGUUCAGGCAAAAGGUUGCAGAACGGCGAGAAUUCAAAUUGCCUCGGGGACCGACUCAGAUCCGCAUGGCGCGAUGGUACCUUGAAUACGAAGCAGCUUCGGGAUAACCUAAACGUUCUCUAUGUGGCUGGCCAAGAGAACCCACAGCUGCUUAUGGUCUCCUCGCUUUAUCUCCUAGGGAAAUAUCCGGAAAUCCAAGAAAAUCUCCGAGGCGAAGUCAAGGAUCUCAAUAUAAGCAACCUAUGCAGCAUGGACUGGCGAUCCCUGCCGUAUCUUACUGCAACGAUAUUGGAAUGUCUUCGGCUAUUACCUCCCAUCUCGCAGCUCAUCAACCGACAGGUAGCAGAGCCUGCAUGUCUCGGAGGCCGCAUCCACAUUCCCAGAGGCACAUACAUUGGUUACAACAGCUAUGCCACUAACCGGGAUCCAGUCACAUGGGGGCCAGAUGCAAAUGAUUUCCGACCUGAGCGAUGGGGUUCCACAGAUGAGCAGAUUUCCAAGAACUACCGGGGUGCCAAGGCUAGGGCCGAGUUCAUUUCCUUCCAUGGCGGGUCCCGCGCAUGUCUUGGAGAGAAAUUUGCUCUCUUGCAAAUGAGAGUUACCCUAUUUGUUCUCACUCGGGCAUUCCGAUGGGAGCUCGAUCCGGAAUGGAAAGACCAAAUGACCCCUGCCGGUCCUUUGCACCCACGAGGCGUACGUCUUGUUUUUACAAAGCUUUAG